AACAUUCUGGACGACUAACUGGCCAUUUUUAUUCCAACUCCAGUCAUCCAAACCAUCUCACCCUCACCCAUGUACAGCCCAGGUUUCAUUCCUAGACCUUAGUAGUGUUUAGUGUGCCUAACUACGGCGCGUCCCAGACAGUGUAAUGAAGAGAUCUACUGAAAACAAGGUGUAAGGCUUCCAAGCGCUGGUUCAGAGAGGAGGAAGAAGACUGCCACUGGGAAGGAUGUCGGUGCGUAGUGGGCGUGUGGUCAAGACAAUGCGGACCCUCACACGGCCAGCACCAGAGGCGUCCUGUGCCUUUACCACCUACAGCUGCAGUCUGCCAAGGCUUGAUGGGUUUGAGUAUUGUACCCGCCACAUCCUGGAGGACAAGAGCGCUCCUUUCCGCCAGUGUAAUUAUAUCUUCACCAGCACUGGCAAGCGAUGCCUGCGUCCAGCACCCACCAGCGACAGGAAGGAGGGUAUUUAUAGGUACUGUUUGGAGCAUUCCCGACGUUCACUAGUGGUGCGGCAGCGGGCGGCACGCAAGACUUGCCCCCGCCAGACUCCAGAGACCCUCCUCUCCAUGCUGAGCCACCACCAGAUGGACACCCACACCACAGGCCAGAAUGCCAUUCCUGAUCCAGCCAGUGUGCCCGGCCUUGCAUCGUCCGUCCUGGAGUAUGCCAGUGACACAGACAGUGAAGAGGAGACCGUUACCUUCCCCCAGGACUCUUUCCCACGCCGUGAAGCUGACAGUGAGCUGGACUCUGCAGACUCAGAUGUGGAUCCCCUGGAACAUGCCGAAGUGUUCACUACUGAGGAAAUUACAAGGAUAUAUCUAGAAAAACUGCAGAAAUUAAAGUCAAUGUAUGUUGGGGAGUAUAAGCGGCUGAUCCACAUCCUGAGGGAGAGCCGGAGAAAGUACCUGCAGGCAGUGCGGCAGGAGAAGGAAUCCAUGGCGAGCAUCCAUGACCAGCCCAAGCCAACACCUGAGGAGCGGCAGGCCUAUGAACAGCUGAAGGCACUGGCCCGCUAUCACAAGCAUCUUAGCACACACUCCCUCCUGUAUCGACAGCAGCUGGAACGCCGCCUCCAGGUGACAGAAGGAGUGAACUACAAGCCAGGCACAAGCAUUGGGUGUGUCAAGUGUGUGUACAGCGAGGGGUCCUGGCGCUGUGGAGAGAAAUCUGUGCCUCUUUCAAAAUAUUGCUCAAAACAUAUAUUACAUGAUCCCAACCAAGUCUUAUUUGGGGCUUGUGGAGUAAGGAAGUGUGGUGAUGAUCAGUGUUCCAUCCCUGUGGUGAGUCUGCCGUAUGCCACCACUUGCAUCUACCACACACCAGUGCCAAACCCUAUCCCUGUAAGUUCAGCGCCAGUAGAGGAGGUGGACAGCACACCUUCAGGGAUGGGAGAAGAAGACCUUUAUGGGCACAGUUCUUACAGCCACUUGCCACCACCUGGACCACGUAAUAUCAUAGAUCUUCCUGAGAGCCACAGCUUCAUAGUGACGGAAGUGCCUCCAGACAAUGUAAUGGAAGAGGACGAUGCUCCUGAAGAAAGCACAGAAGCAGAGACUCCAGCUCAAGAUUCUGCAGUGAGGAAUGAUGGCCAACCUCCUGAUGAUGCCAAAGACAAAGAUCCACCUUCAGGAAAUACUAGUGAUAAGCCCCAAGAGAGUGCAAUGGACACAAGCAUGGGGGAACCCCAAACUGAAAGUCAGGGGAAGAAGGAUGCACCACCAGAACAAAUAGUUACUAAUACUUAGUCUCACAUCAUGGGCCAGAGUGGCUCAAAACUAACAGGUGACUGUUUGAAUCCAAUAAAACCCUUGUUUCAGAAAAGGCAAUGUAUCUUCCAUUUUAAAGGCAUUUUAAUUUUAUCCUUACAACAUCCUUCAUGUAUAUUAAUACUUACAACAUGUAUGAUGGCCACUAUUCUCUUGGGGGUCCCACAGAAGAGAUGACUAAGACUGAUGUGUCUGUUUUGCAUGAGGGAAUCCACCACCAACAAAAACUAUCAACAUAAACAAAUUUCCAGUCUCUUGUCACCCUCAAUAGUUGAAGCAUAGAAAGGGAGAAGGAUAGAAAUGGCCAUGGAGACACUUGUUCCUUUUCUUUUCUUUUUGUUCCUUCAUGGAAGUCAGUUAAUUUUGAGUCCUGUCUCUGCUUGCUUUGCUUGCUAAAUUUCCAGCUUGUCAGUUGAGAAAGAAUUGCUGAAGCUGACAUACUAGGCAUGUUGUUUCUUGACAAAAAUGGCAGUCCACAAUUUAUGAUGAUAACCAUCAAGAAACAUGCAUUCAUCUUAUAAAGAAAGUUAGGGAACACCAGAUCUAUUUCACAGCAUAAAACCAUUCUCUUACAAAAGAACCAUGAAGCUAAACCAGAAAUGCAUUGAUGCUCCUCAUAUGACUUAUAAUGUUUGUUCUUUAUUUGUUUUCAAAAUACAUGAUCAGGUUGGUUGCUCAAGGAUGAUAUAAAUGUCAAAAACAGUUUGCUCAUGGGUGCCAGGUGCCUUGCUGCCAUAUUUAGUAGUGAAUUAUUAUAUCUGAACACAACUCUCAUUUAAAGCAUUAUAUAUACAUGUUCUGCUCUUAUUUUAUCAACUUCUGAGUUUAGUGUUGUGUCCAAUUAUGUCUUGUUCUUUUAGUAUAUUUUCUACUUGUCAACUUGAUAUUUCUGUUAAUAUCUAUUUAACUGUGCACCUAGAGUGCUAUAUUCAUAUUACACUAGUAAUAUAAACACAGCAGUAACUUCUCAGGAUAUACCACCAUAAUGAGAUGUAGCCAGAUCUAGUCAUCUUCAUCUUCAGAGUUGUAUGUCAUUGGUUAAAUUAUUCACUAAAUUUUUAUUACUUUUAAGAAAACAUAGAAAGUAUUAUUGUGACAGCUUAGAGCUUGCUAGCAAUCUUAGCAUAAACAAUAUCAAGUACGGCUGCAGGCUUACAAGUUUCUUUGAAGCUGAGGGAGUCUGUCUCAUCAGCUGUCACGGUUUGUACCAUUGACUUGCUCCAAACACGGCAUUACAGGCUGCUUCAGUUUGGUAGCGAGCUGUCUGAGUGAAGCACAUGGAUAUUUUUAUGAGUAUUUAUUUUUUUGUAGGUCAUUAAAUAAAUUUUCUUUACUGA